GGCUGCACUGCAUCAAAACAAAGCACCUGACGAGCACAGAAGAUAUGUUAUAGCUAUAACAUGUUGAUUUUUAAUGUAACACACUUUGCGUUGUAUCAGUAAUAAAAGAAAACAUCUAAAUAGCUCAACGAGAGGCUCGCAGCCAUGUUUGCCACAAAUAAUAUCAUCCCUUGAAAGUACACUUAGGGUCUGGGACAAUUAAGCUACUUGUUUUGUGAUUGGCUACUUGUUGACCAUUGGCAGACAACGUACUCUAGCGGGAGCGGGAACUCGUUCAACGUUAAGCCCUAACUUUCUUAAAAAGCGGAUUAUAUUCCCCUUGUUGUUUUGGUAGAAUAUUAUUUUAUUGUUGCCGUCCUUUAUUUUUGUGAUCUUUCACUAAUGCAAUGGCAUGUGUUCAACAAGUGAGAAGUUCACAGGUUACUCAGCUGUUGCCCAGUCAGGUUCUGUCAGAGCAGCAGUCGCUGGUUGUUAUAAAGAAGCUUCUGGCCAUCGCAGUGUCUGGCAUCACAUACCUGCGGGGUCUUUUUCCAGAGAAUGCCUACGGGAGCAAAUAUAUCGAAGAUCAGAAAGUGAUGGUCCUUAGAGAGGAGCACAGCUGUCCUGGUGCAGUUCAGAUUGUUCACUGGAUGCAGGGCUGCUUCGAGGCCAUCCAGAAGAAGUAUCUGAGGACAGUUAUUUUGUCUAUCUACACUGACCCAGAGAAGCCCCAGAAAGUGACAGAGUUUUACCAGUUUAGGAUCCAAUACACUGCAAAAGGAGCACAGAUGGACUUUGACAGCAUCAAUAACAACAACAAGACGUCGAUGUCAUGCGGCAACACCAAGAAGGCCAGCAUCUUGUUGGUGAGGAAGCUCUACACUCUGAUGCAGAACCUGGGUCCUCUGCCAGACACGGUCUGCAUCAGCAUGAAGCUGGCUUACUACGACAACGUCACCCCUCAGGACUACCAGCCGCCGGGCUUCAAGGAGGCUGAGGGCGACAGCAUGGAGUUUGAGAAGGAGCCGGUCAAACUCACCAUGGGUGAGGUGGUGACUCCCUUCCACACACUGAAGUUGGACAUGGCCACAGAGAGACAGAGGCUGGAGCAGGUGAGUGACAGGGUGGAGGAGAGCGUUCAUGUGACAGAGAAGUGGGUUCUGAAUAUGAAGGAGGAGGGUGUCCCGCUGCAGAAUCAUGUGAUCGAACACGAGACACCUGAAAAUGAGAGCACAGACUUGGACAACACUGAGAUCCAGAUGGUCUGCCAUGAGAAGAUCGAGAGUUGUGAGGCAGCCACAGAGGAGACGAACCUGACUGUGACCAACAAAAAGCCGGCAGCUAUGAAGGACAAAGUGGUUUCUCAGUACGACAUCCCCAGCAGCCAGGAAACGCCGUCUGCAUCCGCGCAUAAGAAGAAACGCAAGUUCAGCGAGCCCAAAGAACUUUUCUGACCUCACACCCGCCUGCCAGCUCGGCAGCACUGCUCUGUCAGCUUCCGCUCAUGGUUUUCAGGUCUGAGCUCUGAUUUCAGCGAGUUACAUAGCUGUUUUUAAAGGGAAUUCCCCUCCUUUUAGCAUUAGUUUUGGGGUUGUGAUAAAACUGCUUGCUCCACAGUUUAUUUGAAUGUCUUCAAAGUUAGAACACUGGAGAACCACUGUGUUCGCAGCACAGUGUUUAGGUAGACUGUGAGUGAUUAUGUCUGCUACACUGUUGCCAUUCUGAGUUUCUUGUUCACAAAGCAGGAUUUGAUACUUGAAUAAAAUGCAGAAAUGCGUCCGUUGUCCUCUGGUGUCGCAGUUUAUGGCUCUUCAUAUGAAGUGUUUUAACAGAGUUCUUCAAGGAGCCACAAAGUCCGUCUGUCUGAGCAGGUUGGAUCAGUUUGAAGGAUUGUUUCAUUCCUUUUUGUUUUUUGGCUUGAAUUUGGCCGCAUGAAUUCUUAUAAAACUGGGUGUGUUGUUGUUGCAGAUGAUUUUGUUAUCUUUGUGUUAUUCUGCUCCCAAAAUGUUGACCCUGUUGUAAAUGUGAUUAAAUACAAUGUGAAGCAGC